CCCGACAGACCCUCAUUAUAAUAAUCAAGGUGCGGCUUGGCAACAGGUGCCUGAGAAAUUGUACCGUUUGCAUUUUAGAGGUGAAAUUGCCAAGGUGGUUUUAUAGUUUGCAGAAAGCAGCUGCUACUUUCUAAAAUAAUUUUACAAAAGAGAGCUCUUUUUUGAAGACAUUAAUUGUGUGAACGCGUGAAGGGCUACUUUUCUCAACCAGGUGGACAAUAAUUUCGUCUUCGUUCCAAUCGAACUAUUUGUUGACAUAUUCUACUACAAAGGUUUUUACAAGGUCAGUGACAUUCCUAAAACUCAGUUUGAUUCAAGGAGUUGAAAAUGGCCAACUCGGGACUCCAGAUUUUGGGGUUUGCCCUGGCGCUACUAGGUCUGAUCGGGUUAAUUAUCGGCACAAUCCUGCCACAGUGGAAAAUGUCCGCCUAUGUCGGGGACAACAUCAUCACAGCGGUGUCUAUGUACCAGGGAUUAUGGAUGUCUUGUGCAUUUCAGAGCACCGGCCAGAUCCAAUGCAAAGUCUACGACUCAAUUCUGCAACUUGACAGUGCACUCCAGGCAACACGUGCCCUUAUGAUUGUGGGCAUCAUUGUGACCGUGGCUGGACUGGGUGUGGCCACCAUGGGAAUGAAGUGCACCAACUGUGGAGGAGAUGACAAAAACAAGAAGUCUCGCAUCGCCAUGACCGGAGGCAUCGUCCUGCUGAUUGGAUCUCUGUGUGCAACUAUCGCCUGCUCGUGGUAUGCUAACAACAUCAUCAAGGAGUUCUACAACCCAUUUGCCCCCGUCAACUCCAAGUAUGAGUUUGGUUCAGCCAUCUUCAUUGCCUGGGCUGGAGCAUUCCUGGACAUAAUUGGCGGUGGCAUGCUCGCAGCAUCCUGCCCCAAGGGCAAACCUAAGGCCAAAUACCCCAUUGCCUCUACCCGUCCCCCCAGCAGCAGCAAGGAGUACGUCUGAGUUUCAUGGAGGCUGAAGGAAAACUUAAGAAUCUACAGUGCACCAGUCCAACUUGAAAUGUGGUCUCUGUCAAGUUCACUUAGAUAUAGCAUUGUUUUUUAAACUACGUAUUAUUAUUUUAUUUUUUUCGGGAUAUACCCUCAGUUACUGAUUUUAUUGUAAGAACGCAAUUAAGAGAUACGAUUCUAGAGGACUGCUCAUGAUGUUUACUUGUAAGGGAGAGCAGAUGGUGAGUGUCGGCCUCAGACUGUUUUAUAUCCCCCUCACACAAUCGCUCCCCUUUUCCCGUGUCUAUUACUGUAGCCUACAUGGACAGGCGAGAUGAUUGUAAUGAUGAUGGGGCCAUCAUGCUUUGGUAUUGCAUUACAAUCGCCAACCAUCCCACAACAAACAGGAAAUGGAAGCCUAUAUCUUAGAUUUAUAAUGGUUUAUGCUAGAUACAGAAUUUUGAAUUCAAUGAUUUAGACAACACAGAAUAUGAAUCGGUCAGUGAACACUUUUUUUUAUAAUUUCUGAAGGCCCGAGACUGUCCUCCUUCCAUAACUUUACAAGAUGAUUGCCAGACUAUUUGCUGUGAUAAACUUAGUCAAUUGUAAAGUAAUGCUCUCCAUUUUGUCUUUUGUUUGUUUAAUUGGCUAGUAACCUACAUGUGUGUGUGUGUGUGCUUCAAAAUGAUGAAAAUGUAUCCUCCUGUUCCCAAGAGUAGUUUUGUAAUACUGCCACAUCUUAAAUAUUGAACUUUGUAUUUUAGAUUUGUCUUCUGUAAAUAAAAUAAAAUGGUGAGAAGUUGU